UGUCACGUGAACGUUGUCCAGUAAAACGCCAUCGCCGUCAACCGUAUUUGUGAAAGUUUGCAAAUGCGUAAAAUGGAUCGCAGGACGAGGCAACACCUCUUAUAUUUUGACGGAAAUGCAGACGUAACAUUGAUGGAAGUUCAAGCCUUGCAAACAGUAGCAAGUUUUAUAGAUGCUGCAAACAAAAACUACUCAGAGAUGCUCAUACUUGGUGCGAACACACUACAAGAAUUUCUGUCUUCAGAUCCAUUUUAUGAAACAACCGGCCGCAACUCAUCGUCAGGAAUGGAACGUUUAAUGGACAUUAUGGUUAGAACUGCAAACUUUCACCAGCAGGCAUGGUCUGAGGUGGAUGGGCAAAGGCCGUUGGAGAGGGAGGUUCUUCUCUAUGAAGAGUUGAAGAGAAAGUCGAGUGAGUGCUGGAAGCAACACAGAAACCUGGAGCUCACCUGUGAAACUGGCCAGAAGGCUUAUCUGACAGUUCUCCAGAAAUGGCUGGAUCUGCAUGACAAGUCCAAGAAAUACAAAUAUAUGGACUUUGGUGAGAAAAUUGCAACCAUCACUGGGAGAGUUGAUGUUGCUUUGACCAAAUAUCAGUCUCUCUAUACCAAAGAGGCCAAACACAGGGAGGUUCUGGCACAGGACACAGAGGAAUUGAAAUCUGACUUCAUGAAACAGGAGACGGAAAAAUUGGAGUUAAUGUUUGACAUUCUCAGUGAUCUGUUGUCAAAGAUGGAAAAGGUUGCACCACAGGGACUUGAUGACCUGCUGUUCCUGAAUUUUGGGCCAGAGGAACCAGACAUUGACAUGAUGACGACUGAAGGAUGGAAGGCUCAUCUGCAAAAGUACAUGUUCCAAAAAUACAGGGGACCCGAAGGAACAGAUCCACGGAGUCCUCAGCCUAUCCUGAAGGAGGGAGAUUAUAAGAAAACUAAGCUGUGUCCUACAAAUAUCUUCUGUGUUGUAUCUGAUGCAGAGGAAUCGGACACAGAUUGUAUUGAGGCUCAACCUGGUGCUGCAAAGUCCCUUUCAAACUCUAAAAUGACAUCCAAGAUUAAGGUUGCUGAGAACAAACCUCACAGUUCCAAAUAUAUGUUGCCAAAACGCGCUGCUCGCACCACACCUGUCACCUCAAGUGAAAAUCUUAUGUCUGAGACAGUUAUCAAGGAACCAACUGGUCCUAACUUAAAACAAAUGAACUGUGAUGAUACGCUCUCGUAUUCUGAUGAAUCUUCAAAGAAAUGUGGAAAAGCUGAGGAUAAAGAUUCAAAGAGAAUGAGGAAGAAUAUCUUUAAAGAUGCUCCACCUAGGGAAAAGAGGGGUGUUGUGAACAAAUCAAAUGAAGGUGAAAGCAUCACUAAAGAAGACAGUGCCUUAACAUCACCUAAAGUAAAUCGUUCUGAGACUAGCACUCAUGAUGUUAUGCAGGUGUUCUUAGAAUCCUGCAAAAAUUAUUCACCUGUUAUAGAUAAAGGCAAGACUGGCAAUAGUGACAUCGCAACCAAUGAUUCGGAAUCUGCUUCAGGAUCAAAGGGUCAGAGUCGUAUUCCAGUAAGCAUGUCUCGAAAACAGCAAGCUGCAGACCACAAAGAAGAUCACCGUGUUCAAAGUGACAAUAAUUCAGCAAACAAACAAAACUUGACAUUAAUUAAAAAUGUCAUAGAUCAAAAGAAAGACAGAUCUUCUCAAGGAAAAGACAGCGAUUGCUCAAGCACCAAGGGACAACUAAAGGAUUCCAAGGUGAAAGACAGUGCAACAUCUGCCUCCAAGGCUGGAGAUAACCCUGGCUCCAAACAAAAGAAAAAUGGUUUCUUCUCCAAAAUCCCCCAGAGGAGUGACCAAUCUUUGAAAGGACAAGAAAGAAAGGACUCCAGUAAACAAGGAACUGAAAUGAAGCUGACAGGUCAAGACAGCAGUGAAUGUCUAGAAAAGGAGAAAUUAAAAGUUCGAUAUUCAGAGGAUUCUGUUGAGGAAAUAAAGCUGAGCAGAUCUUUUAUAGUUGGCAAUAAGAAAAAAAUCCAGGCUUCAAGCAAGGAUGACAUGGACACAGGUGAUGCUCCCGACACCAGUCAGGAUGUGACACUGAUGAGUGAUGUGACUGUUGUUGUUUUGAAGGACAGGCAGAAACUGAACCCUGAGGAAAUCUCCAUCAGAGCUGGGAUGAAGAUCAAACAGAAGCGUGGAACAGAUAAGGAUGGCAUGGCUUAUGGCUACAAGAAGACAAGAUAUGGACUGAAGAAGUAUGGUCUCUACCCUGCUGACCACGUCUCCCUGUACAGCAGGGACUGAUGUCCAUGAAGACACUCACAAGAACUGGCACAGUAUCCACACUACUGACGUCUCCUUGUACAGCAUGGGCUGAUGUCCAUGAAGACACUCACCAGAACUGGCACAGUAUCCACACCACUGUCUCUCCUUGUACUGCAUGGGCUGAUGUCCA